GCUGGUUUCCUGGCUCAGAGCGGCAGAGUAGUCGACGUCUUCGGGUGGCUCUGUAGGCAUAUUAUUGAUGUUGAUGGUCACGGGAUGUAGAUAAAAGCAACUGAAAGACCAGAGACAGUGGCACAGAUGAAUUCUGACAAGAUUUCAGACAGACAAGCAGCGCAAUAAGUAACUUGACAGAUGUGCUGGGAAGAUGGCGAAAUCAAGCGACGAGUAGAUCGUUGGAGGCAACGCGCGUCCAUACAGCAGAUGAGUGUGGCAUGCUGGCCCUUGCUGUCCGAACCGUGGAUAUUCCCUAGCUCCCCUUCUUUAAUUUUUGGUUUCCUGUCGCAAAACUCAUCCCGGUUGGGUCGGGGUGGGUACGAUAGGAACGAUCUAGCAGGGGCAGGGGCAGGGUUAAAUCCAGUGACGACGGUAAUGGUUCCUUGCUUGAUCAUUUCGCCUCUAUUACUUAUCAACGGUUGCCAAUCGGCUGGAAAUUUUGCCAUGUUCCAGAGAAACUAUUUCCUGGGUAGCCCAUCAGGUUUCCCCACAAGACCCACAGAGCUCAGAGCACUGACCCAUGCCCUUGUGUAUCAUUCAUUGAUCAACGCAUCACUUGACUAGGCAUCAGGGAUCGAGUCAGGAGACGUAUGUUGCAAGAGCUUCCGAAAAAUCAUUGAGGUUGAUGGUUUGCAUUUCGAAAUAGAUGAAGCAACUGCAUUUGGUGCCACAUGUAGUCGGAUCAACCCAGCCAUCUUUCAAUUCCGGAUCCAGUACCCACUGGUGGAGGCCUCAAAGCAUGGGUCAC